UCUAGAUCGCUUCCUCUCUCUCGCUCACUCACUCCCGGCUUCCAUCGCGAGCUGCUGCUGCUCUCUUCUCUCUUCUUCUCCGCAACGAUGGUCGUAGCUCAGAAGCUGAAGGAAUCCGAGAUCACCGAGCAGGAUUCGCUACUCCUGACUCGGAAUCUGCUUCGCAUUGCAAUAUACAACAUCAGCUACAUUCGUGGUCUCUUUCCAGAGAAAUACUUCAAUGAUAAGUCAGUCCCAGCUCUAGAGAUGAAGAUUAAGAAGCUCAUGCCAAUGGAUGCAGAGUCACGGAGGCUGAUCGAUUGGAUGGAGAAAGGGGUAUACGAUGCACUGCAGAAGAAGUAUCUGAAGACAUUGCUCUUCUGCAUCUGCGAGGAAAUCAAUGGUCCGAUGAUUGAAGAGUAUGCUUUUUCUUUCACCUAUGCAAGUUCGAACGGGCAAGAGGUUUUUAUGAACGUGAGCGGCAGCGGGAACAGGAAGAACAAUGCAACUUUCAAAUCCAAUUCCACUGAUAUCACUCCUGAUCAAAUGAGGAGCUCUGCUUGUAAAAUGGUUCGCACCCUAGUUCAGCUAAUGAGGACUCUCGACCAGAUGCCAAACAAUCGCACUAUUCUGAUGAAGCUUCUCUAUUAUGAUGAUGUCACGCCAGAAGAUUAUGAACCCCCAUUUUUCAGAUGUUGCUCUGAAAGUGAAGCUAGUAAUGCAUGGGCCAAGAAUCCAUUGAAAAUGGAAGUGGGGAAUGUCAACAGCAAGCAUUUUGUAUUAGCACUGAAGGUUAAGAGUGUCUUGGACCCUUGUGAGGAUGAAAAUGAUGAUCUUCUUGAAGAUGAAGAGGUUAACUUGGGAGCUGACUCCAUGCAAGAGGACAAUUCCUCUUCUGAUAGCGAGGUCCACCAUUGCGAAAAUCGAUACUUUGUCGCACCAGUUGGUCAGAGAUAUGCUGGGAAAGAUAAUACAAUGGCCUCUGAAGAUGAAACUCAAGAUGCUACUCAAGAAGAUGAGCAGACAACACGCAUGAAGAAAUGGAUUAAUGCAAGACAAGUGACCACUGUUGAUCUCACAGAUAUUCUUUCCAAUUUCCCUGAUUUAUCUGUGGCAUUGACUGAAGAUAUUGUUAAGCGGCUGUUGAAAGAGGGAUUGCUAACAAAAGCUGGGAAGGAUAGCUAUACCAUAAAUAAGGAGCCAAGCUCUAAAAGCUGUGGCAUGAAGGAGGAGGUGGAUAUGCAAGACAUUGCAAAGGCUGAGAGGACUCCCAAAAGUGCUGAUGCUGAUUUUAUGUAUAUGAAGGCUCUUUAUCAUGCUCUUCCCAUGGAUUAUGUCACUGUCACAAAACUUCAUUCUAAAGUAGAUGGCGAGGUUAACCAGAAUACCAUCCGUAAAUUCAUUGAUAAGAUGGCUCAAGAAGGAUUUGUCCAAAACACAUGCAACCGGAGACUUGGUAAGCGUGUCAUUCACUCCGAAUCCAGUAGCAGAAAAUUAAUGGAGGUCAAGAAGGUUUUGGAGGGCAAACAAGCGGAAUUGGAGCCCAAUGGCAACGAACCUUUUGCUUUCAAUGACACAACCAUCCUUUCCAAUGGUCUCAAUACUAAAGAUGUAUCUACUUGUGGUGUCCUUCACUCCAUUGGAUCUGAUCUUACUCGUUCAAAGGGACAAUCAGAGACAUAUCAAAAUGGAUCAGUACGAAGUGGUCAAACAGCUCACACUCCCACAAGCAAUGCUGAGCUACAGCCAAUAGCUUCUUUGGAGAGUGGAGUGCUUGGAAAAGAUCAUGAGAGAGCUAAAAGUAGAAGGAUUUCCUGUGAUGGGAAUGACUGCCGCUCCUCUCAAGAUAAAAGAUCACGGAAGGCCAGCACAGUUAAGGAGCCUAUUCUCCAGUGCCUGAAGCGCCAGAAAUCCCUACAAGCCUGAGAGAGAUGACUCACUGAGGAGAAACGGCAACUUUAGAAUAAAAAUAUUUGAGGCAGUUCUCUGUUUUAUAGCACAAGUAUUACAGGAAUGUCAUGGAAAAGUUUUGCUUUGUCCACACAAUAUCAUAAACUUCACACACCUGCACACAGAAAAGAUGAUACAUGUAAAACCGGUAACAUUUGCAUUUGCGGAUCUAGACUUCUCCCCAUUUGUUCUGAUGGACUUGGUUUCAACUGCCCGUUGCUGGACUUAACUUUCUCAUAAGCCCAACAAGUUGAAAUUCCUUGAAAUGUUUGCUUAUGAACUAACUAAACUUUGUUUUCAGGAGCAGGUGUACAGCUGUCUCUGGAUCAUGAGCUCUGAGACCACCUCCAACUUUGGCCUCAAAAUCUCAGCCCUAUACAUACAUGUCAAGGGUACAGUAAAGAUGUGCACACACCCCUGCCUUAAGUUUAGAGGAUCCACUUGGGCUUCGCUCUUAGCAAAAAAUACGAUUGAUGCUCCUGCUCAGGGAUUGAUCUUGUUGAGCCAUAUUCAAUAAUUCUGCCGUACAUGCCAUCUCUAGGCGGGAAACCAUGGAUUCAAAUGAUUUUUCCCGUCUAUUGAAAAUCCACUGUUUGAAUUCCUCAAUUUAUGGAUGAGUUAUGGAGAGAACUCAUACAAAAAUCAAUGGAAAAGAGCGGGGAUAAUGGGCUCAAAAUAUUGUUAGAAUUCUUAGUCAGUGAAUCAUAUGAAGAUGGCACAAUUCAGUGUCCUUGUCAUGACUGUCACCAUGCAAAUACGGUGUUAAGAAGAGACGCAUUUGAUCACGUUGUUUGUGAUGGCUUACUUAGAAGAUUAGAAGGCAACGUACGAGAUUUGUGGGUUCAGAAUCAAGGAUUGAAAAAAGCUUUAAUUUUUGUUAUAUUAUUAUUACAAAAACAAUUUCCGGAUGAGAAUGAUGAAAUUUUCAACAAUGUUGCUCGCAUGGCCAAUGGGAAGGUAUUUGAUCCAUUUAGCACUCGAGAAGCACUCGAAGGUUUGCAAAUUGCUAAUGAUGCAACUACCAGAAGCUAUGGAGUGCUCCACAGGGAUAUCAAGGUACAAUGGCCUGCUCCACAGGGAUCUUAAGCACCUGAGUAGAAGAGACAAAAGUUAGAGCAUCCAGCCAACAUGGUCAAAAGGAGCAUAGAGUUCAAAAACACUAGAGGGUGAGCCAAGUAACUCCAGAGAGAUGAUUGAAAAUAUAUAUCAGCUGAGUCUUUACAGUUUUGUUUGUUAGCUAGAGUGGACCUUUGAGGACAGUUGGUGUUCAUGUAUUCUCUUUGGGGCGCUCUAUGCCUUAUGUUUUACUUAUAGUUUGUUUAUUUUCCUCUUUUGUUUUGUUUGCUCCAUGACUAGUAAACUAUCUUGUACUUCUUUUCAGCCCCUCGUGGCAGUUAUAUACUUUUUUUUCUUCGA